ACUUGAGCACAACUUCUUUACCACAAUUUCAGAACUCAUCUGCUAUGACUGUUUCAAGAUCGGGCUCUGAAAGUCUGGCUGUGACAAAGGCUCCGACCACUGACACUAUGAAGAUUUUGCCUCCAGGAGGAGAGGCUGAGGCUAUGGAGGGCCAUGGGAAGAACGAAAAUACGACUCCAGUCCCUGGGGAUAGAAGUGUGACUCCUGGAAGGGAUACAACACCCCUUGGAAAGCACACUGUCACGUUCAGAGGGAAGACAGAGGCUCCUAGGGCAAAAACUGUGACCCCCGUGGCUCAUGUAUCGGGAACCAGUGCAGGCACCAUGGUGGCCCGUGUGCACCCUCCGACAGAGACCCCUGCUGAGAACAGUUAUCAGUCUGUGAGCUCUGGAGGGAUGAGUGUAGUUCCUGUGACUCUUCAGGUGAAAACCCGUAGCCAGAAGACAAUGGCUCCUAAAACGUCCUUGUCUCCUCCCAGAGAGAUGUCAGUCACCCCUGGUGAGCAGAGCACCCUCCAAAGUGGUCAUUCUGUCUUUGAAAGUGAAAACUAAUGCCAAGGUUGGAUGAAAUUGGUGUUCUGAAAGAAGCUGAGACAGGAAACUGGACUCCAGCUAGGCCUGUCAUCCCACUGCCAGAAUGUAGUUCUCUUGCUUCUGAAAAUCCCUUUCUCCCCACAGACAACAACUAUCUCCAUUAACACAACGGCUCUUCCUCAAGUCCUUGUUCUCAAACUAGAAAACCUAGAAGACUCUGUUGUGAAUCAAGCAAUGUGGACCCUGUUGGUGGCAGACUAGGGGAAAGCUCUUGUGUUUGCUUUUAUCUGCUAGAAUAACAGAUGCCUGGUUGAUGAGGUAAAGUAGGCAUCAAACCC